GAAGAAGGAAAGAGUCACUGACACAAAAAUAAAACCUGUCACCGAUCCUAUCCCAAAAAAAAAAAAAAAAGGUUCUCGUAAGCAUCACUCUACCACAGCUCCACAAAGUCUUUCAAGCUUCUUUAGAAAAAUAAAAAAGCCUUAUAUAGUCAUGUAGUUACUACUCACGACACGGUACAAAAAAGAAAUCUCUGCUGGAUAACGAUUGAGAGUCAAUUGACAAAAGUAGUAUUGAUGUUCGGCGGAGGCAGAGGAAUGGGCGGCGGCGGAGGAGGAAGCAUGUUAAAGGUGGUGGGUAGGAGUGUUGCACGAGCUGGUGUCACCAAUCUUCAAGAAACUAUAUCUUCUAGUAGUACUGGCAGUGCUACUUCCCCAACAUCUGUUUCUAGGUCAACCCAUAAGCUUAAUUCUUCAAAUAAUAAUCUUACCUUAUCUUCCGCUUCUGGGUCUCACUUUCCUUCCACUAAUACCCCUAUUUCUGCUCAUAAUAUCAAUAUCACUUCUUGGCCAUCUUUCUCUUCUGAUGAGUAUGAGUGGGUGUCGGUCGACGGAAGUGAAGAGGAGAAAUCAUUUGAUGAUUUUGUUCUUGGUCCUGUUCCUUCUCUUGAUGAAGUUCAUAGCGCUGUCUCUGCCCUUACACAGGUGUUUGAUGCUGCCUCAUACUCCCAGUUCAUUACAGAUAAAUUUGCUUAUAAUGUCGAUAGACCUGUAGCUGAUCAGAUUUCAAGUCCAACUGGCAUUUUGCACCGUGCUUCUCCAGUCUGCCCAGAAGCAGAUUGGAUGGAGCCCUCCCCACAUCUGUGUAACUCAAGAAUGUUGCAGCGUUAUGGUCCUGACAGAGUUUAUGAUGCUUUUCAUUUGUUGCAGAAUGAGCCGUCUAUUCAGAGAAUGGUAAUCUCAUUGUCUUCUGAUAAAGCUGUUUGGAAUGCUGUUUUGAACAAUGAUGUGGUUCGGGAGCUGCGUGAGACAUAUAAUACAGAAGAAAACAAUACUCUGCCAACUCCAGAGGGUUCAGAUGAGACUAGUCAUGACUCUAAUCCAGCAACGAAUGCUGUCAAGUGGAUAUUUCAAAACACAAAAGCAAAAUUCAUGGAGGUACUUGACAAAAUAACAAUGCUGAUGAAUGAGUUGUUUAAAGCACCUGAUGUUGAGAAUAAUGCAACCGGAACCGUGGAUCCAUUUGAGGAAAGGCUGAGAACAUCCUUCCUGCUCUCCGUGGUGGUCUUGCUGGUUGUGGUUGUGACUCGAGCCCACAGGGCUUGACCAUAAUUUGCCGACAUAACAAGCAGUAUCCUCCCAGUUGAGAUCUGCCAGUAAGCUUCUCACUGGGUUGCUUUUUCUAAGUCGUUAAGCUCAAUGUGCCAGAAAUUUAUCUGUAUUGUGGAUAUGUUGUUAUAGUGGCCCUUUGUCUGUUAAGAAAGUGGCUCUUCAGUCUUGACAUUGUGUUGACAGGUUUAUGUACAAUAUUUGGGAUUUGUGGAUGUUAAGUUGUUUUGCUUAGUUAAGAAAGUGACUUUCUGCUUA